AACCCUAAUCAAACACACCUGAAAAAGCUAAUCAAGGACUGAAGGGUUAUUAGAAAGCUACAGGCAGGUGAGGUUUAAUUAGGGUUGGAGCUAACCUAACUCUCUAGGACCAGAGUUCACCACCCCUACCUUAUAAAAUACAGCUAGAAAGCACGUGCAAGGUCUUCCGAGGCAGAACUAGUCACUGGAUCAGGGCUCUCCAAAUCUGCCCCUGGAGUUCAGCUCCAAACCAAAUCAAACACACCUGCACCAGCUAAUCAAGGUGUUCAGGUUUACUUGAUAAUUACAGGCAGGUGUGUUGGAGCAGGGGUGGAACCGAAGUCUGCAGGACGGUAGCUCUGCCGGAGAAGGGUUUGGGGAUCCCUGCACUGUAUUUUACAAAGUUUACAAGCUUCGAGCGGACAUGAGCGACGCUGCGGCGGAAAUCAAGAAAUACAAGGAUCUGAUCGAGUCUGCAGACACUGAAAGAUCCAGGCUGCUGCUGGAAAAAGCUGAAGCGGAGACUGAAAAGAGAAAAGCCGAAGCAGAGCUUCAGAGCUUCAUGGAUGACGAAGACAAGAUUUUUGACAAGUUUAAUAAAGAUCUCGUAGAAGUGCAGGAGGAGAGGACGAGUCUGGAUCGAGCCCAGCAGGAUCUAAAGAGAGAACUUCAUGAUCUUCAGAAGAAGCUUCAGCUCAAGAGAGACGAAAGUGACUCUCUGCAGCGCAAAUUCAAGAUAGAAGCCAGAAUCCCGGUGAAGGCGGUGAAGUUUGUGCGUGAGCUGGAGAGAGAGGAGGGCGAGGAGGCGGAUGAUCAGGUGCAGUCUGUGUUCACCGUCACACAGAGACCCUCGUUUCUGCUGAAGGGAGGCCAGGCGCUCAUCACCUUUGAGGAGGAGAAGGUGGCGGAGCAGAUCCUCCGACUGGCCAAGUGCUCUGUGGCCUGUGACAAAGCCAAGAUGGACGUGAAGCCAUAUGCUUUAUCUCUGGAUCCCUCUGUGAAGUUUGAGGUUCAUAUCCAGGUGUCAAAGAAGAGUGUCAGGUUCUGUAACGCCCCGCCCACUUUACCUGAGGAGCGAAUGAGAGACCGGCUGGAGCUGUCGUUCUCCAGAGCGAGUCGCGGCGGAGGGGAAGUGGAGAAGCUGGAGUACCACAAGGAUACGGGCUCGGGCCGCGUCACUUUCCUCAGCACCGGAGUUGCAGAGAAUCUGGUUCACAGAGGAAAGUUUUGUGUCGACACCGGCAGCGAUGUGGUGGUCGAUGUUCUUCCUCUGUAUGAGUAUCAGCUCAGGAAGUUUCAGACGUACUCAGGGGCACCGCGUCGCACCGUGCUGCUGGGGGGAAUCCAGGCGCUGAUGGACGAAGAAGAUCUUCAGGACCAUCUGGAGAUCCACUUCCAGAAGCCCAGCAACUACGGAGGAGAGGUGGAGAACAUCAGAUAUGUUCCUGAUGGAUCACUGCUGACGGCUUUCUUCAGCGAGGACGGCAAAGAAAAGGAAGCUUGAGUUCAGAAUGCAACAACGCCAGGGUUUACUUAAAAUCAGUGAUGCAUUAGUCAUAUUUACAUGCUGUCAUGUAUGGGGGAUUAUCCUUCGGAUUAUAUAAAUCAUAUCUCCUUACUGUCUUCUGUAGCAAUAUGACAAAACUGAGCAUCAUAAAAUACAAUUAUAAUUAAAACAGAUAAAGUAGAUUUUUAAGUAGGUUAUGUAUCUUCAAAUGAGAAUCAGAUUUAUCUCUUGUUCAGAGAACGGCUCAGAUCAUCAUCCUGAUGAAGAUGUGUUGAUGUACAGAUGCUAUAUUAAAAUAAAGUGUAUUCAGAUGUUAUCUGAAGUGGGUUCAUCUUGAACUAAAGCUCAAUCAGUGGUGAAUUUUGAGUGUACUACAGAUAAAUCAGAUCGGAGUCUACAUCAGAUCUGAAGACUUGAGGAAAAACUAAUCAAAACAGCAGGUUUUGUUCCAGCAUUUGACUGUCGGUCAUGUUCAGAUGUAAUGGUCAUUCGUAUGAAGCUUACGUUCACUGAGAAUAAGAAAUAUGGCAUCCACAGGUUUAUUUUGAUCCCGUCGCUCUUCAUCACAGAUCCACGUCUGUAGUCAAGGCAAGACAACAUUUUUAAUAUAGCACUUUCACACGUGAGUGAUUAUGGCAUGAUGAUGAUGAUGAUGAUGAUGAUGAUGAUGAUGAUGUCGGCCUGAUUUCACAACUACCCAUCCAAAGAUUAGAAAACUGAGCUGUUUCACCCGCUUCCUCAUUCAUUUGGACAAUUCACUUCACAGCCUGUAAAAAUAAAUUGGUGACAAAUAUGAUUGUGUAUUUUAAAGAAAACAUGACAUAAAUAUUGAUGAAAUGUAAUCAAAGUAAACGGAGUAAAUGGUUGAAAUCUGGAUUAGGACCGGGUUUCCCGUCACUUUC